ACUGUACAAUAUUCAAUUCCGGAAACCCAACUUUUUCCGCCUGAACUCCCUGCUACAUCCCAUCCAAGACCAAUAUUGACUUGAGAAUAAUCAAACAUAAUUGUUUCGAACGCUUGAACAAAGCGAAUUGAGAAUUGAUCUUCUGCUAUUCUCCAAAAGACACCUGACACUCCUAAUCUAAUCACUUUUUGCAGCAGCUAUGGGUUGGUUUUGGGCAGAGCCGGUCAAGGCGAAAGAGCCUAUUGCGCCCCAUCCAAUUCCCGCUACAAAUGCUCAACCUCCGCCCGGCUGCCCAAUGCAUGAGAGCCAAGCGCCAGCACCAGUCCCCGCUACCCCUGCGACGGGAGGUUGCCCUGUCAAACACGACUCAGAUUCUUCGUCGACGCCUUCUAAAGCACCGCCUUCGAAUUCGACGCUCUCCAAGCUCAACCCAUUAAAUUACAUGCCUGCAUUUAUUUCACAGGAGCGCUCCGCAAAUCAGACUGUCGAUCUCCCGAUCGAGCGAUCCAUGUCAUCGAUCCCCAAAGGCGAUGGUCAAGGAAAUUGGGAAUACCCCUCGCCACAACAGAUGUAUAACGCUAUGCUGCGCAAAGGCUAUGAUGAUACGCCCCAAGACGCUGUGGAAGCCAUGGUCGCUGUUCACAACUUCUUGAACGAAGGCGCAUGGGACGAGAUUGUGGAAUGGGAACGGAGGUUUUCUGGCGGUUUGGCGAAGGGAUGGGAAGAGUGCAGGAAAGGCGAGGAAGCGGCGGCAAUCAAUGCGCUUGAUGCUGACGCUCAAAACUCGGCGAAUGCGCCGCGAUUGAUUCGAUUCAUGGGACGACCAAAGGAGAUGACUCCGAAGGCGACUAUGCUGCAAGUUCUUGGCUGGGUUUAUCCUUCCAAGUUUGGGAAUGAGCCGCCUUUUGACCGACACGAUUGGUUUGUGCAGCGACGCAACCCGGACGGAAGCCAAAAAGAAGUCCGUUAUGUAAUCGACUACUACUCCGGACCCCCUGAACCGACUGGGGAGCCCGUUUUCUAUCUGGAUGUUCGCCCUGCUGUGGAUACACCAACCGCGGCGGUUGAGCGACUCAUGCGCUGGGGCGGUGACGUAUGGUGGAGAGCGAGUGGUGGGGAGGCCAGAGAGUGAUCUUUAUUCUCAUGGCUUUCCGAACAUUAUUGUCAUAUCUGAGAGAGGCGUUCAAGGGCUAGUCAAGAACUUCAUUUUCUCCUGCAGACGUUUUGAUAUAUUAAUAGGAAUGGGUUGGGCGCCAGCGACAUUCUCGCCCAGCUGCAUUGAUUCAUAUACGGGGACGGCAUAGCACUCUGUUAUUUCGCGGCACCUUUUCUCCUCUCCUUCUUCCUUUGUAUGUAGUGCUAAAAGCAUAUGGUUUGGUCAACCCAUGCGCUCUAAGUUUUUGGAGUAUUGGAUAUAUGAUUUUUAAUGAAGGCUUAUUGCCGCCAUACCAAUGUAAUGAAAAGUAAAUGCGUGUAUCACUAG